AUGGAUGGCGGCCGGCGCGCGCCGGCAGGGCGAGGCGGCGAGCUGAGCGCAUUGGAGGACGAUCUGCUGUUCAGCGUGCUGCGCCGCCUCGACUGCCGCUCCGACAAGCUGGCGGCGGCGCUCGUGUGCAAGCGAUGGCUCGCCGUAGUUCGCGGCGCGUACACGCACUGCACCAUCCUGAACGUCGGCGCGCUAAAAGCCAUCCUCGCGUGCUGUCCGUUGAUUCAGGAUCUCAACUGCUCCAAGUGCAUCCGAGUUCGCGACGAGCACGUGGUGGCCAUCGCAAAGAGGUUCGGGCCGAGCCUGCAGCGGCUGAACCUGGCGAGCAACAAGCGGAUCGGGCAGGCGGCGUUGGAGGCCAUCGGCGCGCACUGCACGCAGCUGCAGGCCCUGUGGCUCACCAACGGCACCUUCGACGACGCUGCUCUCAUGCCCAUCGCCUCCUGCCACCAACUCAAGGUGUUGGGGUUGGGCAACUGUCGCAGCAUAACGGACAUGGGGGUGUGCUGCAUUGCAGCGGGGUGCAAGGCGGUGCAGGAGGUGUCGCUGCGGUGGUGUGUGGGCAUCACUGACCGUGGCGUGGACGUGCUGCUCUCCAACUGCCACGCCAUCCACACUCUCGACCUCUCCUACACCAAGGUGACGGAGGCGGCAAUGAGGGUGGUGCAGCGGCACCCCAGCUUGACGCAUCUCAACCUCUCCAGCUGCCAGUCGCUCACCGACCCCGCCAUCGCCACUCUCCGCCACGGAUGCACCGCACUGCAGAGUUUGGACGUAUCUGGGUGCGAGCAGGUGACGGACGUUGGCCUGAUGGCGCUCACAGCGGGUGCCAUCCCGCUCACCGCCCUCACCACCGCCUUCUGCCCCCAGGUGAGUGACAACCUGUUGGCGGUGUUGCCGCGCUUCCCCGCGCUGCGUCGUCUCAAGCUGGACCUCGCCCCCAUCACUGACGCCGGCCUCUCUGACCUCGCUGGUGCCUCCUCUCCUCCUGCCCCCGCUCCCGCUCCCGCUGCCGCUGCUGCCCCUCCUGCCGAAACUAGCAUGCCAGAAACAGGAGGAGGAGCAGCUGCAGCGGCAGUAGAGGAGGGGGUGUUAGCGAACGAGCAGAGAGCAGCAGCAGGCGGGGCGCAUGCAGCAGCAGAGGGAGCGAACGACUCAGCCGCAGCAGACCACGGCCAUGCCAUGGCGGUAGGAGCAGCGGAUGGGCUGAGCGCUGCAGGGCAGGCAGCAGCGCAGGUGGGGGUGGUGAGGUGGGCGGCGUUGGGGUGCUGGCAGCUGGAGGAGGUAUCAGUGAGGCGGUGUGAGGCGGUGGGGGACGAGGGCCUCACAGCACUGGCGGCAGCGUGCCCCAACCUGCUCUCCCUCGACAUCACCUGCUGCUCCUCUGUCACUGACGCCUCCCUGCUCGCCCUCUCCGCCCACUGCAGGCGGCUGGCGUGUGUGCGCAUGGAGGCGUGUCGGGGCGUGUCAGACGCGGGGCUGGUGGGGCUGUUCCAGCACUGCACUGCGCUCUCCACUCUCGACCUCACUGACUGCGGCAUCUCCGACACCACCGUGCAGGGCAUGCGGCACUGCCCGUUGCUGCAGUCACUGAAGCUUGGUUUCGACAUGGAUAUCACCGAUGCCGGCCUCAUCUCCCUCGCUGCCUCCUGCCUCUCCCUCACUGAGCUCGACCUCUACCGCUGUGAGGGGGUGUCAUGUGCGGGCAUAGCAGCGGUGGCGCAGGCAUGCACGGGGCUGAGCACGCUCAACCUCUCCUACUGCCACCGCGUGCGAGACGCCGCGCUCAUAGCCAUAGCGCGCCACUGCCCGCGCCUGCGCAACCUCGAGGUGCGCGACACGCCUCUCCUCACCAGCGCCGGCCUCCUCGCCAUCGCCGGCCUCCUGCCGCCCGCCCCGGCACCUCCGGCAACAAGUGACGUGCAGGGCAGCGAGCAGCAGGGGGCGGGAGCGGCGGGGGGGCGGGUGUGGGGGUGCAGGGAGCUGCAGGAGGUGGAUGUGAAGCAGUGCACGGGCGUGGACGAUGCUGGCUUCAUUGCCCUCGCCCAAGGCUGCCCCGACCUCCGACAGGCGAAUCUAUCGUACACGAGCAUAUCGGAUGCGGGGCUGGGGGCGAUGGCGGGCAUGGCGUGCAUGACCAAGUUCAACCUAGUGCACUGCUCGCACCUCUCCAUGCCGGGCCUUGAGGCCGCACUCACGCGCUGUGUGGGGCUGAAGAAGGUGAAGCUGCUGCAGGCGUGGCGGCCCUUGCUCUCGCCCCAGCUGCUGGCGGACCUGGAGGAGAGUGGCUGCCGCUUCCGCUGGAUGGACAAGCCGCCCCUUGAAGCCCUGCGCUCUUGA